UUCUGAUGUAAACCAGAUUUAUGUGAAAAACCCAGAAGAGUUUCCUCUGAUGUCACAGAGGUUGAGGAUCUGUGGUGUAGCACAGAGUUCAGCGUGGUCCCUCAUCGAGACUCCAAAGAUGUCUUUGUGUUAGAAGGUGUAGAGGAAAUCCAAGUGGGAGCAUAACCCUCAAUUGGCAGCUGGCGAAAAUCGCAGCCGUACUGGAUCGGAGCCGUUCCGGAUGUGGCGAGAAUUAGGGGUAAACUUUACACAUGUAACAGUCUGUGGUAACACACUAAAAGGUCACGGUCCAUCUCAUUCUCUGUGUUGUGUUCCGCGAAGGUCCUUUUGGAUGACAGCAUCGCCAGUGUGAGCUUCGUGGCAUCUUCAGCUAAUGUGGCUCCUGAGAAGCCCAGGGUGGACAGACUGCUGAGAUGGCUGCCCCUCUUCAAACAAACACUGGUAAAGACUGCAGAGACACACAAAAGAGGAAUAUGAAGACAUAAGUCUUUAUGAAUGCCAGUGAGGAGGAGGAGCAUGUGUGCACCAAAGCAUUGAUCAGAGGACCAUCGUCCUUCUUCUUCUUCUGUAGUGUUUGUUCAUCGCCCUGCUUUUUGUCCCCAGGAUGAGCGGAUGCGGUUUCAAAGGAACUGGAUUCACCUCGAAAGUGUCUUCUUGGCCCCGGACUCUGAGAGGGAACGGCCGGUCCAGUUGGAGUUGGAGUUUCUGAAGGUGGACAGUUUUUGGAAGGAGAUGAUGGCGAAGGUCGAGAGGAUUCCCAAUGCAUUAUGUGCCGCAGUUAAGCCUGGUGGGUGGAGCUGAAGAGAAAAGUGGAAACCAGGCAGGAAGUUUCUGGAAGAUCACUCAAGAAUCUUAACAUCCAAGUGUUUUGUCUUCUGAUGUGCAGGUCGUCUGAGGACACUCCAGUUAAAUAACUCUCUUCUGGAGGAGAAAUGAAAACGUCUGGAAGCAAGAGACGGUAACGAGUCACUUACUGAGGCUGAAGACCCUGAGGGGCAGGUUAAGUCUCAAGUCUCUGAGUGAAGCAGCAAGCAUUGCAAAAUGUAGUUUGCACUGACAGAAACGUAAGAAAACAUUUGAGGUG